AUGGAGAGAACACGGGUGGCCAAGGUUGACAAUGUGACCUUGGCUCGGCAUGGGGAGCAGGUUGAUGGCACCCUCCAUCUCACUCCUCACCACCUUAUCUUCUCGUACCUCCCCCCAGUGUCCAGCGAGGACCAGGCCAAAGGUGUUCCCAUAAAGCCCCGCGAGCUCUGGAUCACCUACCCGAUCAUCGCCCUCUGCACCCUGCGACCCGCUCCUGCUGCGUCCCGCCAGCCCUCUUCCAUCCGCCUUCGGUGUCGAGACUUCAACUUCUGCUGUUUCUACUUUACAAAUGAGAACAAGGCCCGCGAUGUGUUUGAUAGCAUCAAGCAAUGGACUUGCAAGUUGGGCCGCAUGGACAAGCUCUACGCCUUCUCUUACGUUCCUGUUCCGCCGGAAGCCGACUUCAACGGGUGGCAGCUGUAUGACCCGCGCAAGGAGUGGAUGCGUCAAGGUGUCGGAAAGGAAGGCCAGGGUCAGGGAUGGCGCAUCUCUGAAGUAAAUAUGAACUACGAGUUCUCUCCAACCUAUCCGGCCCUCCUACCCGUGCCUUCGUCUAUCUCGGAUAACACACUCAACUACGCUGGACGAUACCGAUCCCGAACUCGGAUCCCAGUCCUCACAUACCUCCACCCGGUCAAUAAUUGCUCGAUCACAAGGAGCUCCCAGCCGUUGGUCGGUGUGCGUCAGAACCGCAGCAUCCAGGAUGAAAAGCUGCUAGCUGCUAUUUUCUCGACUUCUCGCUCAGAGAGACCAUUGGCGAGCUUCACACAGGCUCAUCUGGAGAAAGAGGCGUCGGACUCCAGCCAGGGCAGUGGGGAGACGAUCCCGAUAGACCCAGAAUUGACAAAUGCGGAAGAGAUAGAAGACGAUAUGAUUGCGGCUGCUCGCGGAGAUUCGGAAGAAACGUCUUCGGUUUAUGGAGCGCAGCAGAGCAACCUGAUCGUUGAUGCGCGGCCUACAGUGAAUGCCUUUGCCAUGCAAGCCGUGGGCCUGGGCUCCGAGAAUAUGGACAACUAUAAAUUUGCCACCAAAGCCUAUCUGGGGAUCGACAAUAUUCAUGUCAUGCGAGAUUCGUUGAAUAAGGUGGUGGACUGCUUGAAGGAAACCGACGUGACGCCUUUAGGACCCAAUCGCGACCAGCUUGCGCGAUCCGGCUGGUUGAAGCACAUUGCCGGCAUCUUGGAUGGAGCCGGACUGAUCACUCGCCAGGUCGGCCUGCAACACUCUCAUGUCUUGAUUCACUGCUCCGAUGGUUGGGAUCGGACCAGUCAGCUGAGUGCCUUGAGCCAAAUCUGUCUUGAUCCGUACUAUAGGACGUUUGAAGGGUUCAUGAUCUUGGUAGAGAAGGAUUGGCUUUCGUUUGGCCACAUGUUUAGACACCGAUCGGGCCACCUGAACAGCGAGAAAUGGUUUCAGAUCGAAAACGAACGCAUUGGCGGGGAGGCUAACCGUGCGUUUGGUGAAGGCGGCGGUGCCGGCAAAGCCCUCGAGAACGCAUUCCUCAGCGCAAAGGGCUUCUUCGGUCGGGACAAUACCAGCCGCGACUCCUUGGCCGACUCCGAUGGGGAGCUCCAAAGCUACGACUCCGACAGUCCUGCCGCUAGGAAGGUCAGCUCCUCGCCUCGGAGCACCGUCGUAGAGAAAGAGAUCACAAAGCCGAAGGAGACUAGCCCGGUGUUUCAUCAGUUCCUGGAUGCCACAUAUCAGCUCCUCUACCAACACCCGACACGCUUCGAAUUCAACGAGCGUUUCCUCAAGCGAUUGCUCUAUCAGCUCUAUGCCUGCCAGUACGGCACGUUCCUAUUUAACAACGAAAAAGAACGUGUCCAAUCGAAUGCGAGCGAGCGAACCCGCAGCGUAUGGGACUAUUUUCUCUGUCGGCGUGAGCAGUUUACGAACCCGCGCUAUGAUCCAGUGAUUGACGACCACCAGCGCGGCAAGGAGCGUCUUAUUUUCCCUCGAGUCAACGAGACCAGAUGGUGGGCUGAGGCCUUCGGUCGCGAAGAUUCCGAGAUGAACGGGCCCCGGCCCACUGAUAGCCUGGCUACUAAACGUGCCCCGGUCGUGACAGGCAUCGAGACCGCCAACCACUCCGUCGGCACGGGAGUUCCGGACAAGACUACUGUUCCCGCCGCUGCCUCGACGAGGAUGGCGGCUGUGACCGCUGGGAUUUCGAAUCUGGCGUUUCCAAAGAAGCAGGACUCGGAGUCGGAGGAGGCGGGUAAAGGGAAUGAGGAUUUGGGCGGAGCUAUUUCCAAGCGCCGGAAGUUCGUCGCCGACGGUGUCUUCUACGCCGAGCUGAACGAGUUCUUCCAGCGCGAGCUGGCUGAGGAGGGAUACUCGGGCGUCGAAGUCCGUGUGACUCCCACCGUCACCGAUAUCAUCGUCCGCGCCACCCACACCCAGGAGGUUCUGGGCGAGCAGGGCCGCCGCAUUCGCGAGCUCACCUCCCUCAUCCAGAAGCGCUUCAAGUUCCCCGAGAACUCGGUCUCCCUCUAUGCCGCCAAGGUCCAGAACCGCGGUCUGUCCGCCGUCGCUCAGUGCGAGUCCCUCCGCUACAAGCUGCUGAACGGUCUCGCCGUCCGCCGUGCCUGCUACGGUGUCCUCCGUUUCAUCAUGGAGUCCGGUGCUAAGGGUUGCGAGGUUGUUGUGUCGGGCAAGCUCCGUGCUGCUCGUGCCAAGUCCAUGAAGUUCACUGACGGCUUCAUGAUCCACUCCGGCCAGCCCGCCAAGGAGUUCAUCGACAGCGCCACCCGCCACGUCCUCCUGCGCCAGGGUGUCCUGGGUAUCAAGGUGAAGAUCAUGCGCGGCUCCGACCCGGAGGGCAAGUCCGGCCCCCAGAAGACCCUCCCCGACUCGGUCACCAUCAUCGAGCCCAAGGAGGAGCAGCCCGUCCUGCAGCCCAUGAGCCAAGACUACGGUGCCAAGGCCGUCGCCGCUCAGCAACUCGCCGAGCAGCAGCGUCUCGCCGAGGAGCAGGCCGCCGAGGCCCAGGGUGGUGCCGAGGGUUAUGCCCAGGAGUGA